GCAGGCUGCUCAAGGUCAGCUUGCCCUGUAGAGAUAAGGAUGUUUCUCUCCUGGAAUGCCUGGGAAUGUGUUCCUUUGUGAGGAUGGGGGGGAUCUUUUCCCCCUCUGCCUGAGAAAACGUCAGCCUUUUUUCAGAACUAGGGAGAAUAUAUAAAGAUCAGGAAACAUGAGGUCCAAGUGGUGUAUGCUGGACCUUUGCCAGAAACCCUGUUGAGGGGCUUCUAGUUAAUUGAGCACAGCCUGGUGAACAGCCAUUGUGAGAAAGCACCCCUUGCUUCAAUCGGAGGAAGGAGAACAGCUGGGCGCAUCUGGGCCGCGGAGGGCGGGUUGCGCGGCUCGGAGAAGAGCCUGAAAGGAGCCGGCCGAAGGGAAGCCCCAGGGAAGGAGAGGACCAAGGAGAGGACUCCGGCGAAGCGGGCUGGCCCUACCCUUAGGCAGAGCAAGGCGCUUGUCAUGAAAGGGCCAAAAAAUGCAUCUGCCGGCGUUGGCUGCUACGCCACGGAGCUGGCAAGCGCAUCAUGACAACAUGGGCCUCUGAUGGGUCUGCUGCCGAGACGCUUGUUUUCCACGAUGUGCCAUUCCCCCCGAGUUUGGAGUCUCCUGACGUCCCGCUUGGCUUUUUCCUGCUGACCCUUCACUGCGCUGGGAGAUGGAUUCCUUUGUGGUGGUCACAGAGUACAAUCCGGUGUCUGGUCCCCCGCAGAGUGAAUUGGAGGAUGAAGAGCCCAUGGAGCCAUGCGAAGAGCAGCUGGAGGAUUCUGGAGGACUGGGAGCAAAGGGCUUUCUUGAAGAACCUCUUGGGACCCCUUCGAGAGAGGCAAGGGAGCCCCGUGGCAAACUCAACCUUUCGAGUCGCAAGCUCUCUCUCCAGGAGAGGUCUCAGUCGGUCCAGUCGCCCGGGGGCAACGCGGGAGUCAACGGACGCUACAUCUAUCCAUCUCUCCCAUAUUCUCCCGUUACGUCGCCCCAUUCUUCUCCCCGUUUGCCGCGGCGGCCAACCAUCGAAUCGCACAGAGUUUCCAUUACAGGUUUGCAGGACUGCGUGCAGCUCAACCAGUACACCCUGAAAGAUGAAAUUGGAAAGGGCUCCUAUGGAGUUGUGAAGCUGGCUUACAAUGAGAACGAUAACACCUACUAUGCAAUGAAAGUCCUUUCCAAAAAGAAACUGAUGAGACAAGCAGGGUUCCCGCGCCGCCCUCCCCCUCGUGGUGCCAAGCCACCCCUGGAAGGCUUCUGCCAACCCAAAGGGCCCAUUGAGCAGGUCUACCAAGAGAUUGCCAUCCUGAAGAAACUCGACCACCCCAACGUCGUGAAGCUGGUGGAGGUGCUGGACGAUCCCAGCGAAGACCAUCUGUACAUGGUGUUUGAGUUGGUGAAAAAAGGGCCUGUGAUGGAAGUGCCGAACCUCAAGCCUCUGACAGAAGACCAGGCCCGGUUCUACUUCCAGGACCUGAUCAAGGGCAUUGAAUACUUGCACUAUCAGAGGAUCAUCCACCGGGAUAUUAAGCCUUCCAAUCUCUUAGUCGGAGAAGAUGGGCACAUCAAAAUCGCGGAUUUUGGUGUGAGCAACGAGUUCAAAGGGACCGAUGCCCUGUUGACCAACACGGUGGGCACACCGGCGUUCAUGGCUCCAGAAACCCUCUCGGAAACCCGGAAAAUAUUUUCUGGAAAGGCUCUAGAUGUUUGGGCGAUGGGGAUCACGCUCUACUGUUUUGUCUUUGGACAGUGCCCUUUUAUGGACGAGCGGAUCCUAAGUUUACACAGCAAAAUCAAAAGCCAGAUGCUGGAGUUUCCAGACCAGCCAGACAUUUCAGAUGAACUGAAGGAUUUGAUAACAAAGAUGCUGGACAAAAACCCCGAAACCAGGAUCACCGUCCCAGAAAUUAAGGUGCACCCCUGGGUUACCAAAAAUGGAGCAGAACCCCUGCCCACCGAAGAUGAGAACUGCACACUGGUGGAAGUGACAGAGGAAGAGGUGGAGAAUUCGGUCAAGCACAUCCCAAGCUUGGCCACGGUGAUCCUGGUCAAAUCAAUGAUCAGGAAAAGAUCUUUUGGGAAUCCGUUUGAAGGGAGCAGAAGAGAAGAGAGAUCUCUGUCCGCGCCAGGCAAUCUGUUGAUGAAGCAAAGCAGCGAAGACAACCUGAAGUGCAUCAGCGACUUGCCAAAUGUGGGCGAGGAGGAACUGCUUUCGUGAAGCUUGCCAUUUCUGGUGGCGGCACAGCUGCUAGUCCCCUUCUGCAUCAACUCUUUUAUAAAGAACGAGUCUGGGGAGUAAGAGCACUGUGAUGCCACAAGAAAGACCUCCAGCCUUUGGGGGAUGCUGGGAUUUCUUACAAGAGUGGAGCGUUGCGCUCGGCUUGCUGCAGUAUGCUGUACAAACCAGACUCCGCAGAAUCCAUCCCUGGUAAUGGUUGCCAGAUGGCGUCCAACACUGAAAGGUGGGAGACGCAAGCGGGCCUGCUCUCGGACGCUGCCUGGAGGGAGUGUCACACAGCUGUUGCCGCUCAGGAGCCACUAAGAAUGUCUGGUGCAGCUUUGGCUGGCAAAAAAAGGGGAGGGGGUAGACCUUUGGCAAAGGCAAUGGCUUGUAUUUGCAGAGCUCCUUCAAAAUGCCACUUUUUGGCCUGCUUGCAACUUGCCAGAUUGCCCCGCAUCUUUCCUCACUUUGGUGUUUGUUAUGCCCCGUUCUUUGUAUGGAUGUUUUUUCUUAUUCCUGCAUGGAAAUACAGCAGACAAAUGUGCCA